CCCUUCGAGGUACUUCGUCCCUUACGGCACUUCCUUCUAAUUCCGACAGAGAAGCGGCAAUCCAGUGUCAGUUGUUUUUCAACUUCCGACAUUCUUGGGCCAAUCGGUUUUUAAGCUGAAAAACGCCAAUCCAGAUCCGUUGAAGUGGUUGGUAUUUUGUUUUUCAUCGUUUUAUUUGUGUUUUACCAGUUUUCUUCCAAUACCGAUGAAAGUGAAACAAUUCUGAAACAAAGGGGCAGUUGCAGCGUGCAGACAAACAAAAAAAAAAACACGACACAAAGACGGUAGCUAGCGUUCCCUUCCCCGGAUAAUCCUGACGUAAACUCACAAUGUCCAGCCAACCGAAGAUGGCAUCGGAGAUCGGAGCUGCCGAGCAGUACGAGAUGGAUCAACUAGCCGAGGCAGAGAUAUCACGUCUGCAAAAGCUUCUCCGAACGCUACAAAACGAGCGUGCCUCGUUCCUGGAUACGAAAUCGAAAGCGUUGCGCAAGUUUGAGCAAAAUAUUUGCGUGCUCGAAAAGGAGAAGCAGCAACUCCAGCUGCAACUCAACUGCGAGGAAAACGGAACGCAUUCGAAACGCGAACAGGAGCUGGAAGCGGUACUGGAGCUAGCCUACGACCAGCAGGAAAAGGCCCAACAAGCGUUAAAAGCGAAAAAGGACAGUCUGUGGGAGCUGGAGGGACAUAUCAAGAAGAUACACCGAGAGAUUGCCGAGAUACGGAACAAUGAAGUGACGGACAAUCUGUACAACGAAACCAUUGCCAAGGCGCAACAGUCGGUCAAGAAGUUGGAGAACCGCCUAGACGUGGUUAACAAGCGUGCUGGUGCGGUGAUGGCUGAGAAUGCGCUUUUGCGCCAAACCAUUGACCACAUGCUGACUGAACGGGCCACCUUCAACAUCAUGUGGGAGAAGCUGGUUAGUAAACUGAACGAAGGCAAGCGCUACAUGAUCGAUCUGAUCGAGCAGGCCACUUCCGCGUAUGACACACGCGAGGAGCUCUGUACUAAAUUGCAAAUCCUGAAGGACAAAGGCCAAAGUGACAAAUUGGCUCACAUUCAGGAGAUGCGCGAGUUACAGCGCAAGCUCGAUCAUGACGCCAAGCUGCAGGAGUUUCUCGGCAUCAAGGGACAACGAAGGGCAAACGCGGAACUGGAAGAGCGUGAGGCACAAAAACGCAAGAAGAUGCUCGAAAAUCUUGAAAAACAAUACCAAGAGUACGAACAAAUCAUGACGCGCAUCAUGAACUUCUCGGGUGAGGAUGAUAUCGAUCGGUUGGUAGCAAAGUUCAUCAAGAAGGAGGAGGAAAACUUUGCACUCUUCAACUAUGUCAACGAGCUGAGCCACGAGGUGGAAACGCUCACCGAAAGUGUUCAACUGUUACAGGACAACAUCACGGAGCAGAUAGCAAUCAACGAGUCGAAGGAACACUCACAAGAUGACAACAUCGAUGCACUUCGCCUGGCCGAACAGCAGUGCCGUGAGGCGGCCGAUACGGCCCAAGAAAUCAAGCUCAAAUUGGACGUUAAAUUAGACGAGCUGUUAAGAAUGGCCGAAAGAAUAUACAAGCUACUCAUGUGCGACGAAGCUCCCAUCUUGAAUCUGCUCAACAACGAACGACGGGUAACACUGAACAAUGCCAAACUGUUCCUGGGUAUCAUCGAGCGACGCGUGUUGAGCAUUAUCAGUAAUGUAACUUACAUCGAACCGACCACAAAGAUUCUUGGCAAGAAAGAUCGUGUACCGAAUUUUAACGUUAAAGAAUCGGCCAAGGUGCGCAUCGAAAGGAACUAAGAAAGGGUAAUUUUUUAUGAACAGUUUUGUAUUUGUUCCACUUUGCUCGAACCAUUUUAGGUACUAAAUUUUGCGAAUGGUUAGCUUUUGUUAGAAAUACGGAAAAAUAUGCCUUUGUAUACACAUAAAUUAUUUCAAACACACUUAAGCUAUGUUUUAUAUUAGAAAAUAUAAAUAAACACCGUUACGUUCGUGCUA